AUGACUUCAAUUGCCGACAAUCAGGGUACCAUGACAGAGACGAUUCCUGGUGACGAGACUCGGAGAGGAACGGCACACUUGUACGAGUUCCCGCCGACUGUGGAUGAGAAUGGGAAGAAGCAGCCUAGCGAGUAUCGAGAAUUCACGGACGAAGACGCCGUGAAGUACCCAAGACAAGAACAGUUUGAAUACCUCCGAUGCGGCACAUGCGUCUUCAUUUUCAACGCGAAAGACCAAAAACUUCUCCUUCAAACCCGCGAGGGCACUCACGGAGCCGGACAAUUGGCACCUCCUGGAGGGAAAAUGGAGAGGCACGAAGAUGAUGCCACCUGUGCCGUGCGUGAAGUCUUGGAAGAGACUGGUCUGAGAGUCGAAUACGUGGCUUCUCUAGGCAACACUUUUGACAAUUUUGUCACUGAAAAGAAAGGGCCGAUGAACUGGAACACUCACUGGGUCUUGACAAAAAUGGUUGAUGCAAGCGCAGAGCCAGCGAUCGCUGAGCCCGACAAGUGCUCUGAAAUGAAAUGGGUCUCUGUCCAGGAGUUGCUCGAAAUGAAGGAGAAGGAGCCUGACCGGCUGUUUCGCUGCCUCCGCAAUUUCUUGGACGCGAGGAAAAAUGAGGAUUGGUCCGGAAAAUGCUUUGAGAAGCUGGAAAUCUAA